AUGAGUUCUGAUGAAGAAUAGGAUAAUUCAAAUGAAGAUUAGAUCAUCAAUUUAAUUUCUACCUUGCAACAGAAAAUAAAAACAAAUCGAACAAAUAAUGGUUUAAUGAAAACCAAUAGAAUAGGUGAAUCAGAGAAUUGGAAUGAGAUGAGAGAGACCUAAAAGGAAAAACGGAAGAUAAACAAUUUUGGGAAUUCCAAUGAAUUUAGUUUACAAAGAGAAUAGUCAAAGCACUCUAGUAUAUCAGAGAAUUUGAGUGAUUUCACAGUGAGAACUGAUAAACCUGUAAAAGAAUCCUAGUAGAAAACUUAAUAAGCUUAAGUUCUUGAGAAUAAUGAUAUAUUGGAAUUGAAAUAGAAGAUGGACUAUCUACUAAGUCAGAGGGAAAAGGAUUAGGAGAUGUUGGAGUAGAUUAAUGCGGGGUUAAUGUUUCUGAUCAGUCAGAUUCCAAAGCCAAAACAGACAAAUUCAAUUGGAGUUUAGACUGUUAGUUAAAGGGAGAAUUCUUAGAAUUAAUCUACACCUAAGGUGAAGAAAACAGCCCAAUAAACUGUUUAACAAAUGUUCUAAGAGCCAGAUAGAUAUGCAUUUCAAGAGAUCAGAAACUUUUGCUUUAAGCGUUGA